GAGAAGGGCAGGAGCCAACAUGGCGGGGCGCGGGAAAAGGAAACCCAGAUCGUCCCUGCAGGAAGCGGAGGCAGCCAAUGGGCUGGGGAAGAGGGCCAAGACGGCCCCGGAGAUGGCGGUUUCCGCGGAGCUGCAGCAGGAGGUGGAGAGUCUGUACAAGCUGCGCAUGCCAGACGACUUCUAUCACUUCUGGGCUUUCUGCUGUCGCCUGAGAGCGGACAGCCCCUGCGAUGCUCUGAGAGACACGUUGGGUCUGCAGCUUGUUGGCCCUUUUGACAUCAUUUCUGGAAAGCACAAGUCAGCCAAGAACCCCAAGCCCAACUACCUCCUGCACUGGAGACACUUCUACGACCCGCCCGAGUUCCAGACCGUCCUGGUGGGCAGCAGUGAGAGCCAGUACCACAUGGGCUACUACAGAGAUUCGCCUGACUGCCUGCCUGUUUUCGUCGGGGAGAAUGAAGCGCGGAGAGGAUGCACCAUCCGCCAGAGUGGGGACAACCUGUUCGCCGCCGUGCUGCUCUUCCUGCAGAGGAAGGGGGGGAAGAAGGCGGAGCUUCAGGCCCUGGAGGCGGAGCUGAGAAGCGCAGCAGAGACUCUGGGCUUCAGCCUGGAGCAGAAGAGCAGAAGCAUGAAACAGAGAGACAGGAAGGUGGUUACGAAGACGUUCCAUGGGGCAGGUAUCGUCGUUCCUGUGGAUAAGAAUGACGUGGGCUACAGGGAACUCCCUGAAACGGACGCCGGGUUGAAGCGGAUCUGCAAAGCCAUCGCCGAGGCCCGGAGCGAUGAGGAGCGAGUGAAGGCCUUUGCACCCAUCCAGGAGAUGAUCACCUUCGUCCAGUUCGCCAAUGACGAGUGCGACUACGGCAUGGGCUACGAGCUCGGCCUCGACCUCUUCUGCUACGGCUCGCACUAUUUCUACAAAGUGGUGCGGCAGCUCCUGCCCUUGGCCUACAGCCUGCUGAAGAGGGACCUAUUCGGACAGAUCCUGGAGGCUCAUCUGUCCAACCGAAGCCAGGACAACCUGGACCAGCUGUCCCUGUGAAGAGAGGGGGUGAGGGAGGGGAGGGGGACUCCCUUGGUGUGCAUUUUCGGCUGUUCGUCUUUUGUCACGGUUCUGG